UCUUUUAGGGGUACGUUUGCAGCCGUCCACUCUCGGAUUCGCCUUCCGAGUUACCAUUAAUGAAAGAGGAUGACGAUGUCGGAUUAUGCGAAUCAAUAUCUGACGUUGAUACAAUCGAUGAAUCUGAUAAUGAUAAAUCAAUUGUUUAUAAAAAUUUGGAGGGCUCUGAUAAUUCUGAAACAAUUAAGAGAGAAUCGUCCGUCUCGAAGAGUGGCUCGAGUUAUACAGUGGCGAAUGGUUCGUUUGCCAACGUCGGUGCUGAAGAUAACGGCGACAGCACGGUAACUAUUGCUUCGGCCAAUGUAGGCUUUCCUAGAAGUGAAACUAUAGCUGCUAUUGGACAUCGACCUUAUACAGGCGAUUUGCCACCCGUUCGAGUUUCGAAGCAGAAGUCAAUGAGAGGGAAUGAAGAAGACGAUAAUAAGGGGGAAUUCUGCAGAAAAUGUGGCCACUACUCUAAACGUCAGUAAUUAGUCGAAAAGUACUACGUAUUCUUCAUACGUUGAACAGCGUACGCACUCGAAGCCAUUCUUAUAUUUUCGCAAAUCUGUCAAUUUAAAGUUAUUUUCGCGAUUACCGUUAGCGUAUUAAGCGAAAUAGCAAGUAACUUGCGGCAGCGUUAAAUACAUUUAAAAAAUCAAGAGGAUAUUAAAAAAUUGUAGAAUAAUACAAAUUUAUUGCAGAAGAAUUCUGUCCUUUUUUGUAAGUAAAUGCAUAUAUCUGUGUUGUUUGUUAAGAUUAAUUAAUUAAUGUGUUUAUUUUUAUUUAGAAAUAUAAUAUAUUCUUUGUUGAUUAAAAUACCUACAUUUACAUACAAACUAAAUUGUUGGCUUUAUAUUAAUUAAAGUUUAUAAAAAUAAAGAGGUACUAAAAGACCGGCAGAUGAUUAAUAAUCGUAUUAUUUUUAAUAUUUAUGUAGUUUAUGUUGGUAGUUAGAAGAAUUGUAGUAAUUGUCAAAACAAAGGUGUAGAGUGCAAUAUUUUGUACGUAAUAAACGUAUGAAAUUAAAUAAAUGCACAAUAUGACAAAA